AUGGCGUCGAGUUCGGACGAAGGCGAGAUCAUUGAGAAUGACGCUGUGGAUUUGAAGGCAACUUCACUGCCGAAGAAGUUUGAAGGAAACGGUGUUGACCGUCAAGACAGAACCCGAGGUAGAUUCUCGGCCUCCAAAUCUCCCGAGCACGACUCCCACCCAAGACACCACACCGCCAGCAACUACAACUCGUCGUCAUCGAGACGCAGCCGGUCGCCGCCGCUCCGCGGAUUCAAGCGCUCCCGCGACGAGCGUGACUACGCCGGUGGAGACAGAGGAGGACGACAGGACACGCGUCGCUUCCGCGUGCAUUACGAGGACGGCCCGCGCGAUGAUUACCGUCGCAGUCGCGUUUCCUAUGAGGACCUAGACCGCCCGCCCUCGCGCGGCUCGAAUCUCGCCUACGACGAUCACGACAGAGACCGGAGCCGUGAAAGGGACAGGGACAGGGACCGAUAUCGGGAGCGAGAGAGGGACCGUGACCGUGAGAGGGACAGGUACCCCGACAAGAGAGCGCGUAAUCGCACUAGGUCUCCAUAUCGCCCUCCCCAGCGUAACGAACGCGGGCGCGAUGAUCGCUAUUCAAGAGACAGCGGACGGGAUCGCCUCUCGGACUCGUUCCGCGGCUUGAAGUACGAGGAUCACCGCGACCGAGACACCCGAAACGGUUACUCGACGAACGGGGGCGCUGUAGGGAAGGAUUUCCGUGCUUCCAGAGGAGAUGCUAAACCUGUGAAAGACUCUGCAGACCAAAGCAACGGUAGUGCAGGACCAUCUCAGAAUCAGCCAGCUGCACAAGCCGAGCCCGAGCAAGAUUUUGAGGAACCCAUGGUUGUUGAUGAAGAGGCUGAGAUUGAACGCCGACGUCGACGCCGAGAUGAACUCCUGGCUAAGUCUAGCUCCGCUACACCGCUCCUUGUGCAUGCUUUGCAUGCCUCAGACAAAUCAGCAGUAUCUACACCCGCACGCCAGGGCACGCCAGGCGGAGAUGUUGAUACGCCAAUUUCAGGUGAGAAGCCCCCGCCCAGCUACGCUGCUCUCGCUAAGAGUUCAGAAAUUGGUUCACCAGCACAAGAUGGAAGCUCUCCGGGUACCAUAGACAUCCUGAACGAGACGGAUCUGAUGAACACGCAUGGAGGUGGUAAAGCUACAGAGGAAGAUGGUCCCUCCGCUGCGGACUACGACCCUACAGUGGACAUGAAGGAAGACGAGAGGCGUGACGAAAGGCGCCAUGGCAAUGUCGGCAUGCACGGCGAAGCGCUCGAGACCCAGCCCGAAGUCCAGCCUGAAGAGCAACCCGAAGAACCUCCCGCUAAGAAGCCAACCGGUGAUGAGGAAGACGAUGACUUCGACAUGUUCGCCGAGGACUUUGACGAUGACAAGUACGCCGCUCCCAAGCCCUCAAAGGUCCUCGCAGUCGACGAAUCCAAGGCCUCGCCUGCGCUUGGUCAGUCCAACGGCGCCAUCCUCGAAGGCGAUGACAAGGACGGAUACUACAAGCUUCGCAUUGGUGAGAUCCUCAACGGGCGCUACCAGGUCCAGUCGGCUCUCGGAAAGGGUAUGUUCUCCGGUGUCGCUCGCGCAGUGGACAUCACGAACAAAAAGCUCGUUGCUAUCAAGAUCAUGAGAAACAACGACGCGCUGAGAAAGGGUGGAUUUACCGAAAUCGCCAUUCUCCAGAAGCUCAACGACGCUGAUCCGGACAACCGUAAACACAUCGUCAAGUUUGAGCGGCACUUUGACCACAAGGGUCACCUGUGUAUGGCUUUUGAGAACCUCAGUCUCAACCUGCGUGAGGUCUUGAAGAAGUUCGGCAACAACGUCGGCAUCAACUUGGUCGCGACUCGGGCAUACGCUCAUCAGAUCUUCAUCGGUCUGGCACACAUGCGGAAGUGCAGCGUUAUCCACGCCGAUCUCAAGCCUGACAAUAUCCUGGUCAACGAAAGUCGUAACGUGUUGAAGAUUUGCGAUCUGGGAACAGGUAUCGACAAAUCCGACGCUGCCACGGCGCACAACGAAAUCACCCCGUACCUCGUCAGUCGCUUCUACAGAGCACCGGAGAUCAUUCUCGGAAUGCCCUACGACUACAGCAUCGAUAUGUGGUCCAUCGGCUGCACUCUGUACGAGUUGUACACAGGCAAGAUCCUCUUUGCCGGCGACAGCAACAACCAGAUGCUCAAGGCCAUCAUGGAGAUCCGCGGAAAGAUCACGCCAAAGUUGUGUAAGCGAGGACAGUUAGCGCCUAUGCACUUCGACGAGCAGGGCAACUUCGUGAGCAUGGAAAGAGACAAGGUUCUUGGAAAGACAACCGCCAGGGUCCUGCCCGUCGUUAAACCGACGCGUGACCUGCGCACCCGCCUCUUCGCCGCUUCAGCGGGCAUGAACGACGCCGAGACCAGGGACCUGAACCACUUCGUCGACCUGCUUGAGCACUGCCUUACGCUGAACCCGGAGAAGCGGAUCAAGCCAGCCGACGCGCUGAAGCACCCCUUCUUCACGGCCAGGUCUGCGCCGGCGAAGCGUUAG